AUGUCGGAUAUAGUAAUCAGUGGAAUGAGUGGUCGGUUCCCACUGUCGGACACCACCGAUGAGUUCGCGAAGAAUCUGUUCGAUGGCAUCGAUAUGGUUACCGAUGAUGACAGUCGAUGGCCAAAGGGCUUAUAUGACAUGUCGAACCGAAUGGGACGUAUUGUCACUUAUGACAGAUUUGACGCUCAAUUUUUCGGUAUGACUGAGAGUAUGGCCCAGAAGUACGGCCCACAACUCCAUAUGCUGUUGGAGUCUACUUAUGAGAGCAUUGUGGACGCCGGUAUAAGUCCACAGAAUCUGCGAGGCAGUAGGACGGGCGUGUAUUGUGGUAUUAUAAACUAUGCCAAAUGCGAUGGCUAUUCCGAGUACCCACAGCCGGACCAUACGACCCAAAUGAACACUUUGAUGAUGGAGUCCAUCAACAGCUCCAAGAGUUUCUUCGCCUCCCGAACGGCCUUUAUCUUUGACUUGAAGGGCCCGGCGAUCGUUGUGGACACCGCCUGUUCAUCGAGUUUGAGUGCAUUUGCAUUGGCUGUCAAUGAUCUGAAAUUA